UCUCAGUGGUUUGUGGACUGCACUGAGAUGGCUGCUGCUGCUGUGCAAGCAGUUGAGGAUGGAGAUUUGGAGAUAAUCCCUGACAUGCACAUAAAAACCUGGAAUCAGUGGUUGAAAAACAGCAGAGACUGGUGUUUAUCAAGACAACUUUGGUGGGGUCAUCGUAUCCCAGCAUACUUUGUGACGAUUGAUAAUGAUGAUGCAUCAGGAAAGAAUACUGAUGCCGAAUACUGGGUGAGUGCCCACUCAGAAGAAGAGGCAAAACAUAAAGCUGCCAAGAGGUUUGAUGUACAAGCUAGCAAUAUCACAUUAACUCAAGAUGAAGAUGUAUUGGACACUUGGUUCUCGUCAGGCCUCUUCCCAUUUGCUGUACAUGGAUGGCCUGAAAAAACUCCUGACCUGUCACACUAUUACCCAUAUACUCUACUGGAGACAGGCUAUGAUAUACUGUUUUUCUGGGUUGCAAGAAUGGUAAUGCUUGGCCAGAGACUAACAGGGCAAGUCCCAUUUAAACAGGUGUACCUUCACUCAAUGGUGCGUGAUGCACAUGGGCGGAAGAUGAGUAAAUCCCUUGGAAAUGUCAUUGAUCCAAUUGAUGUCAUCGAAGGCAUAUCCCUUAAUGCUUUGCAAGACCGCCUCAGAAGUGGCAACUUGAAGCAUGAUGAUACAGAGUUAAGUGUUGCCCUCAAGGGUCAGAGGGCAGACUUUCCAAACGGGAUUCCAGAAUGUGGGACCGAUGCUCUUAGAUUCGCCCUUUGUACUUACAAGGCACAAGGAGAUGAUAUUAACUUGAAUGUUCAACAAGUUCUAGAAUACAGACAUUUUUGCAACAAAAUUUGGAAUGCUGUCAAAUUUAGCUUUAUGGUUUUUGGAGAUGACUUCAAACAUAUGAAAAUGGAAGAUAUAAUGCAGAAUGGCAGAGCAAUUGAUCGCUGGAUCCUUUCUAAGCUCAGCCAUACUGCAGAAAUUUGUAAUUCUGGUUUCCAUGGCUACAAUUUGACGGUGGUGACAACAGCAUUACAUCACUUCUGGUUGCAGUGUCUUUGUGACGUGUACUUGGAAACUAUUAAACCAUUUAUAAAUGAUGAUAAAUCAACAGCAGCUAAGGUGUCUCGCUCUGUCCUUUUCACUUGUAUUGAUGCUGGUCUGAGGCUUCUAAGCCCCUUCAUGCCGUACCUCACAGAAGAGCUUUACCAAAGGUUGCCAGGCCUAACUGACGUUUCUAGUAUUUGUGUUUCCCGGUAUCCAACUAUUACUGAACUUCCUUAUAAGGAUGUACCACUUGAGGAGGAUACAGAUUUAAUGUUGGGAGUUGCGAGGAGUAUACGAUCACUCAAAGUGCAAUAUGAAGUGAAACAAGUAAAUGCUUUUGUUGUCUGCCGUACUGAUGAUACCCACUCUAUGCUCAGGAAUUAUCAAGAGGAUUUACAGACUUUAACUAAAGCAGCCUCACUAGAUGUUCUAUUUGAUGUUGCUACUCCCUCUGGUUGUGCUGUGUCUACUGUAUCACCAUCUUGUGAUGUGGCUGUGCAGUUAAAGGGAGUGGUAGAUAUAACAAAUAUAACAAAGAAACUCCAAAUGAAAGAGAUAAAGCUAAACUCACAACUUGACAAACUGAUAAAAGCAACAGAAAUAAAGCAUUACAAUGAGAAGGUGCCUGAUGAAAUAAGACAGCAAAAUAGUGAGAAGGUUCAGAAGCUUGUACUGGAGUUGGAAAAUAUCAAACGAAUGUUGGAAACUUUACUGAAUACUAAAUCAUGACGGCCAAUCAAAUCAGCUACUCAGUAGAUCAUGUGAUGGAAUCCAUCCUACCAAACUGUGGAGAACACGCUGUAAUAACUGCUCAUAUUGGCCUCCAUCCAGUGUAUGAACACUUUGCUCAAUAUAAAACACUAUUGUAGAACACAGUGUUGAAAAUCGCAAUAUUAUUGCAAACACAUGGGGUUAAAAGACUAGUAUGCAUCUGCAGCAUGAUUAUCACUUACACCAUCCUUAAAGGCAGGCUCUGGAUUAAAAACAUGGUUUAAUAUAUUGUACAACUGAUUUUCUAAGUCAAAAGUAAUGGAAACUCAGAAUGGUUAAUGAGAUAAAUAAUAAUAAUAAUAAUAAGUUCAUUCUUAUAUAGUAAGCAAGCUCUCGGUGCACUGUACAUAAAAAACAGAAUAAGGAUGUGAUGUUAAAUUAAUGAAAAACUUGAUGGAAAAUAAAGGUCUUUAGCCUGGUUUUAAAAGAUAAUGAGGUAAUGAGAUAAUGUGCUAACUGAUACCAAACAAAACACAAAUGCACUUGAUCAGCUAUUUGCUAUUAAUUUACAAUACCUAGCAAAGAUACAGACAAAUAUAGAAACAACUGAUGAUGAAAUAUUAAUUAUAUUUAUCAGGAUAAUUGGUUCUUGGUUUCUGAACUUCUACUGUUUAUCUUAUUACUACUGUAUUAUAUUAUUAUCAGAAAUUAUACAAAUAGCAAAGGCCUGAUCUUAAUAUAAUAUCUGCUCUGAUACUAGAGUCUUGAUGUCAGUUUGUAGAUUAACAACUGAUUAUAAACUAUUAAAUAUAUUUAUCAGUAUAAUUGGUUCUUGAUUUCUGAUCUUCACUCACAGUAAGUUUACAUCAAUUUGUGCUUAGUUUGUUAUCGAUGAAACAAUUGUACAUUCUAAUCAGAGAUUAGACAAUAUAACUGAGGCAUAUUAUGUGCUCUGAUACCAAGAACAACUUACAGUCUUGAUGUCAGUCCAUUGAGUUUCCAUAAGAUGUUUUUAAUUUAAAGCCACAGGCAUGAUUAUAUCUUUCAAACUAUUAUUAUUGAUUGAACUUCAACUUU